CCAUCUCCAAGGCAGAACUACAUGUGGACAAACAAAGAGCACAAGAAGAGAGGCAACCAAUACUGGGUUGGACAAAAUCCGCUUUUCUCCCAGGCGUUGGGCCCUGCCAAAGCCCAGGGAGAGCCCACAGGCAGAGAAAGCAAAGCCCGGCAGGGUCUAAACAGGAACCUGGAUUUUCUGUCUGACCCGCUGGUUAACAACGGCCCCGCUGCAAUCAGCAGGGUAGAGGACAGGGCUGAAGGAGAGCCUUCCUCUCCAGGUGGGCACUUCCCCCUCCUGCCUGACACCGUGGAGACAGCCUGGAAGCAACAAGAGCAAGGGUCCAGGCUUCUCAACAAGCCAGGCAGCCCUGAGGGCCCAGACGUUUUGCCCGUUCCAGAAGAUGUGUUUGAAAUCACGGGCUACCAUCACCUGGUGCCGGACGAAGGCCUGCAGAUAUUCCUGGCCCGUGUAGAACAGGCCCUGAGGACGGACUGCAUCCUGCCUGGGCUGCAGCAGCCCUGUGCUAAGAUGGUCUCCAAGACUGAGCUGCUUCUAAGUCUGCUCAGCAAGAGACAAGAGAGCGAGGGAGCCUCUGCUUUCACGGGACAGUGUCCUAUGGAUGAGAACAUCUCCAGACGCACAGCCUUGGAGAAGGGCAAGGAACACAGAGAGGAGAAGAAACCAGAGGCCUUGGAUGACACAGUCACAUUGGUGGUCUUGCUGUCCGUCGUCGCUGUCAUUUCUCUGACAGUGAUGUGUGUCCUUAAGCUCUGCUCCCGACCUUGCGCAGUGUUUUGCCGAUGCCUGUGCACUGUGUGGAGAAGGUAA